GCGUCAGUUGUACGCCUGCCACCGAGAUGAGCGCAAUUAAGCCCGCCCUGCUGCUCUGCCUGAUCCUCGCCAGCGGCCUGUUCCUGGGCCAAGGUCGGGCGAAUCCCGUGGAGGGGAGUGUUCCCGAUGUUCCCGCACCCGAUGCCAACGAGCUGGACACCGAUUUCGGGGAGGAGGACGCCACUGAGAAGCCACUGGGCAUAGUGGCGAUCAAGGUGCGCCACAUACAGCCGGACCCCGCCCACUGCGCCCAGCUGUCGGCCCACCACCCACACCACCCCCAGUGCCACAGCUACUGCAAGCGCCAAGGUCACUGGGUGGGCCAGUGCAAGAAGAGCAUCUGCCACUGCUUCUCCUAGCUCAACUUUGACUAUCUAUGAGCUAAAACAGUCUUUUUUUUUUUUGAGUGCAGCACAUAUUUAUGACAAAACUGUGUUUAACGAACGACAUCAAUUUUUAUUUACGGAUGAAAGAUUUGAACUCACACGAAAGCAAUAAUAUUGUUCUAUUCGAAAGUGGAAACUGUAUUCUAACUACAUUUGUAUGUUCUAAGCCAACGAAUCGAAACUAAGAUGAACAAUGAAAACGAAUCAAAAUCACUCGAAUCAAACACAUGUUAUGUACUUACAUACAUACAUGCACUGAACAGAUAAAGAAGAAACCUAAUAAAUCUUCAAGCUAAA